AUGGCUGCCAAACGUCUUUUGGAUGAUUCUGAUCAAGACAAACACAAACGUAUCAGAACUACAGCAACACCUUCUUUUGCUUCGGUAAUAGGAGAAGUUGUUAUGGUGAAAAACAUGCAAAACCUUUUCUCUGGCUUAGAACCAUUACUUAGAAGAGUUGUGAACGAAGAAGUUGAACGAGCAAUGAGACAAUGUUAUCCGUCACGAUCGAUAACAAAGUCACCUUCCUUGAGACUCCAAGCAAUGGAGCAUCCAUCAAGUUUUCAAUUCAUUUUCAAAAAGAAGCUUUCACCUUCAAUUUUCACAGGUAGUAGAUUACUAGACAUGGAUGGAAACUCUAUCAACGUGAUCCUUGUCGACAAAAGCAAUGACCAAAUUGUUCCUUCAAGUCUGCCUCACCCAAUCAAGAUAGAAAUUGUAGUUCUUGAUGGAGAUUUUCCAUCUACUGAAAAGGAAUCAUCAUGGACUAGCGAAGAAUUCAACAGUAAUAUUGUGAAAGAAAGAACGGGAAGCGGCCAUUGCUUACCGGAGAAUUGA